AUGUCGGUACAAGAACUCAGAUUAAAGGGCAAUGAGAAGUUCAAAAAUUGCAAUUAUCCAGGAGCUUUAAUCCACUACACGGAGUGUUUGAACCUCGAUUCAAAUGCUUACGCUAUCUACUGUAAUAGGGCGGCAGCCUUGAUCAAACUGGAUUGCAUGAAAGAAGCAGAAGAGGACCUGAUCAAAUCUCUGGAAAUCAACCCAGACUACGUCCCCAGCUUGUGCAGACUGGGGUUCCUUUACUUGUACGAGGGAAACACUGUCAAAUCACUGGAAAACUAUGUGAGAGCCGUCCAAGUCUGUGCUAGAGAACCGCACCAACUGGACAAAUUCAAAGGACGCCUGAAGGAAGCAGUCCGUUUGGCAGAAGGUCGCGCAAAACAACAGGGCUAUCCUCAGAGCUACAUUGACAACAUCAUCCCGUCCACAGUGAGAGCAAUUCUAGACAAUUACAGAGGCUUGGCGAGCGAAGACGCCGGACACAGUACAGUGUCAAGUAAUGCUACAAAUCAAUCGGGAGAGUCGUCAAUACCUCGUGGGCGCACUUUUGCAACGGCAAUCACGGGCACACCGAUGUCGUUGGCCAGUCUUUUCGGCCAGGGAGCAAACCGCGGGGUGAAUACCUCCAUCAGGGUCGAGACUGGGCAGCCAUCACGUGACGAAAAUCAGGCGGACAGAAUGGACGAGGAUCCAGAGGUGGAUAUUUCCGAUGUGGAAACUACUCAUCGGCAGAUACACGAGAGGGUCCAAAACUUCAUGAGGCAACAACAGGGCCAACCUCUGCAGCCGAUGGCGCUGGCACGGAGCCUUGCAUCCACCAUCACGUCGCAGUUCCAGAACGAGCCUCAAGGAGGGAAUCUAGCAGACCAAAUUGCUCGCGGAAUUUCGACUUUCAUGGGGCAGACGCAGAGCGAACCACAGCAGUCCGAGCCAGCGCAAUCAUCGACGGGAGACGACCUGCAUGAGAUGGGCGAGCUUCAAGAGGAUUUGGACUGA